AUGGUGGGGGAGGCGGGCUUGCUGGUGCCGUCGCGCCUGGCUGGCCGGGUAGCGGGAGCGAUGGGUGGCGCGCGGCGGGGGUGGGUGGCCACGGGGGUGCGGCGGGGGGCGGGACGAGAGGGCGGGCCGGCGGGGGGGGGGGUGCAGCGGCGGUGGGUGGUGGCGCGGAGGCUGUCUAUGGGCUUGAUUCUGUGUCUCAGGCAUGAGCUGCUGGAGGAAGCUCGUAUGCAGGGCCUGCCUUUCGCUCAGUGGGACGGACCGACUGUGGUGGUGUGGCUGGAGCUGUGGGUGGGCAUGCCGGCCUGGUACGUGGCGGCGUGUCGAGCGAACGUGAAGAGCGGCGCCAUCAUGUCGGCGCUGUCGGACACGGAGAUCCAGAGAGAGAUCGGGAUCAGCAACCCGCUGCAUCGCCUGAAGCUGCGCCUCGCCAUCCAGGAGAUCAUGUCCCUCACCAGCCCCUCCGCCCCCCCCACCUCCAGAACGACCACAGGAAACGUUUGGGUCACUCAUGAAGAAAUGGAAAGUUUGGCAGCCACGCCUCCCACGACGCUGGCGUACGGAGACAUGAACCACGAGUGGAUCGGGAACGAGUGGCUGCCGACCCUCGGUCUGCCUCAGUACCGCUCGUACUUCAUGGAGUCUCUGGUGGACGCCCGCAUGCUGGACCACCUCACCAAGAAGGACCUGAGGGGGCAGCUCAAGAUGGUGGACAGCUUCCACAGGAACAGUUUCCAGUGUGGGGUGAUGUGUCUGAGGAGGCUGAACUACGACAGGAAGGAGCUGGAGAGGAGGAGGGAGCACUCUCAGAUGGACCUGGAAGCAGAGAUGAUGGCAAUACUAUAUACACUUUGGUGGAUAGAAGACAAUAAACCAGGCAAUGUAAAGUGA